GGUGGCGAUAACCGGAAGUUCUGUCGUCGGUAUUAUGUUGUAGCAUAUGACAAGUGGAUUGUGUUGUCACUGUAACCAAUCCCGGCUCCGAUCUGGAGAAGCUGGCCAGGCCCGGGGAUUUGCAGGAUGCUGGGGACCAGCUGAGUGAAAGGUACCGGGAGCCGUGUGCGUCACUCGGGGGUUACGUCAUGGAUCAAGGGGAUGUUAAGGACUCCCCUGUGGCAGGCGGCCUGCUAGAGGAGCCCGCACAACUGCCUAGAGCGGACGUGGGUGACGGUUUGUCUGAACUGGAGGAGAACACAUGGGUCCUGGAGGGCAUGAACCAGGCCUUGCCCCAACCGGUGGUGUACCAUGAGUUGCUGUGGAGAGACUGGGAAGACUUUGAUGAUUUGGAAACUCCCAGAGAGAACAACUUUGACUUCACGGUUCUGUCAUACAAUAUCCUGUCUCAGGACCUGGUGGAUCAUAAUUCAAAUCUCUACCUGCACUGUGACCCCAGCAUACUAUGUUGGGAAUACCGCUGGCAGAAUAUCCUUCAGGAGCUCCAGCACUGGGAAGCAGAUGUUCUCUGUCUCCAGGAGGUACAAGAAAACCACUAUAAAGAGCAGGUGCUUCCCAGCCUUUCUGCCUUGGGAUACAGUUGCCAUUACAAACGGAGAACGGGUAGGAAGACAGAUGGCUGCUGCACUUGUUACAAAACUCACCGUUUCACGUUGCUUAGUGAGAACCAUGUGGAAUUUUUUCGCCCAGGAAUAGACUUACUGAACCGUGACAAUGUAGGGCUGGUGCUCCUCUUGCAACCAAGGACUUCUGAUGGUAUGCAGGAUAGUUCUACCUUUCUCCCACUCUGCGUGGCAAAUACCCACCUGCUCUAUAACCCAAAGAGAGGGGACAUUAAACUGGUACAGCUGGCACUAUUAUUGGCAGAAAUUCAUAAGGUGUCUCAGAUGCCAAAUGAUUCCCAUUGCCCCAUCAUCUUGUGUGGAGAUAUGAAUGCAACGCCUUUCUCCCCUUUUUAUCGCUUACUGCGCAACGGGGUUCUAAACUACUGGAAUCUGCCUACGUGGAAGGUUUCUGGCCAGGAGAAGUUCUGUACCCAGCCUUACCCUCGGUUAUUACCUUUACCACUCUGGCCAGAUGAUGUCGGGGUGACUGAUCAUUGUCAGUAUGUUUUACUGGCAAAGAAAACCACUGAGGCAAAACCAAAAGAUAUACUCCGGUACAACCGAAAGAGCCUGCUUCAGCUCCGCUACUGUGAGUGUGCCUGCCAGCGCCCUCCUGACCUUGUCUUCAUUAAGGGAGUGACAGACCACGAGCCAGACCCCCUCUCAGAACCUAUUAACCUUGAUCCUCCUACGGUUUCCACAGACUUUCUCAUGAAGUCCCUUCUCUUACAACACAACCUGAAUCUCACUUCUGUGUAUAGUCACUUCUUACCGGCCAAAAAUCGCCCUGAGGUGACCUCUUUCCCCAUGGGGGUUGGCAACACAGUGGAUUACAUCUUCUAUUCAGCAGAACCUCUGCUUGAGGGCAGCACGACACACGGUGUUCGCUUCUAUGAGGACAAACAUCUGAAGCUCCUUGGCAGACUGUCCCUUCUCUCAGAAGACGAUCUGUGGGCCGCCCAGGGACUGCCAAACCCAUUCCUCUCCUCAGACCACCUGUGUUUGCUUGCUAGGUUCAGUCUUGAACGAUCUUCCUCAUGAAUUGUGGGUACUUUAAAGGGAAAUAAGAGUCAGACAAGCCUCUCUUCCUGCAGUAUGGCAAGUGCAGUAAAAAGUGCAUAUAUACCACUGUCUGGUGGGAAUUGUAGUGGUACUGCCCCUGUUACUGUAUGUUUUGGGGUUAUCCUUGUUAAUAUAUAUAUUUUUUUUUUUUUUAAGUUUCAUUUUAAGAAUUGUAUGUGGUUUAGUCGGUGUAACCUUUUGGAUAUUGCAGGGUCCAGGACUCUCACCCACACCCUGAUUAUAUCAAAUAACCCUUUAGAACAGCGUAUGUAGUAUACAUGUUUUCGGGUACUGUAUAUAAAACCUGUAAUUUUAUGCUAGGCCGGAAAUAGCGUCUGCUUGAUAUCUUUUAAAUAGUUUGAUAUGAGUUUUGAAGAGCGAGUUUUUUUGAGCAGUAAAUGCACCUGUUAUUAAAUACAUAAAGCUAUAACCAUUGUUAAUAGGCCACCUGUACAGAUCUAUGUCUAUUUUUAUCGUAGCUCUUGGCUACUUUAAAUCAAAUGUAAUUCUCUCUGAUCUUCCUAUUGCUUGUUGUCAUGAUCCCUCCUGGAGGUGUAUUUUUUAUUUAUUAAAUAAAGAUGUGCCCAUAUGGGUAAAGGAAA